AUGUCUACAGCAUUUUCACCGAUCCUCUGCUCUGCCACUCCUGUGAACUCCAGGAAACCCGAUCCGUAUCGUAAAUCGGCGACGGGUACCAAUUCGAACAGCUGGUGGACGCCGAUCUUCGGGUGGUCUUGGGAACCAGAUUACAUCCAGAGCUCCAGUACCAGUUCUUCCAGGGUCGAGAACGAAACGGGAAAAUCCAGAUCUGAAAAGUUAUUCCGAGGAUGUUUCACGGCAGAGAAGGCGAAGGAGCUAAGGAAAAAGACAAUUGAGACCUCGACUUUUCACGAUCUUAUGUAUCACUCCGCGAUCGCCUCCAGGCUCGCGUCCGAUGUUUCUGACCGUUGA